AUGAAGUGGAGAAAAUAUGACAAUGCUACAUACCACAAGUGUACUGACCUGGGUUGUCAGAGAAAAGUGGCUGUAGCCUGGAGGAAGCUGCUGCGCACCGGUGAUGAUGGCCAUGAUCUUGGCAGUGAUUUCCUUGAGGCCGGUCAAAGAGGUGUCAACUGGAGUAGACAUGUUAGAUUCAAUGACCCUCCGGUCACUGAAUAUAACUCAAUGGAUGUGGAUGAAUCAACCGUGUCCCGGAUGUCAACAGAUCAAUUAAAUCUUGGGCCGGCUGAUGAUCCAGAAUCAUGUUCUGUGUCAUCCAAUGGUCCGGAGGUCUUUUCUCAAAUUUCCGAUCAUUCACCUCCGGCUCAAUGUGAUCAACCAGGCCUCCCGGUUCACCUGGACAUAUACCUCGGGCCUGAGGAUGACCUGAUGGCUGGGAUGCACAAUCAGUCACUUCCAGCCCAACCUGAUAUGCCAGGUCUAGCCAUCCACCCGGAUCUCUACCUCGGGCCUGAUGAAGAUAUUAUGACUGAGAUCCUGGAUGUACCCAUCCACCCUGACCUGUACCUCGGGCCUGAUGAAGAUUUUAUGCCAGAAUUCCCCGCCCAACCUGAUCAACUGGGUUCUCCCAUUCACCCAGACAUGUACUUAGGCCCUGAAGAUGAUCUGAUGGACUGUGAGGUGAGGCAGGAGCAUGCAGAUUUGGAUAGUGAGGUCUCAGCGAUGGCAAAAUCUCCCGAACGUGAUUUGCCACACCUGGAUGUCACUUAUGAAGAAUUGCUUGCCAUGGUCUGGGAUCUCCGGCCAUUUGAGUCUUACAAUCACACAGGCAUUCAAUCCAUUCAAGAUCGGGUCUGGGAUUACAAACAGCGACACGGACAUAUUCCCGACCCAUCCAUCCAACAACUACUCGAGGCUGAGAGACCAUUCCAAACUGCCUGGGCAGAAACAUCGGACAAACUCAGAAGAGCUGAUGAAGACCUCUGGAGGCUGCAACGAGCUGAACGUUUGACUUCCGAAAUGCUCAAGGUUUGA